CUUGAAUCCAUCUUUUUACCCUGCCGUCACUUCCCCAACCACCCUUUUAUUUCUAUCUUUAACUAAUUAAUUCAAUACUUUGACCUUCAAACCCAUCUGCGUUUUCUCAGUUUUUCCCAAAAAUCCCAAGAAAAGGAAAAGAUCCAAGAAUCUCCGGGAUAUAGGUAAAUAUCAAGAUUUGAACCUUUGAAUCAUGGGAAAUUGCUGUGUGGUUCCUGUUGGUUCUUCAGAGAAGAGGAAAAAGGAAAAGAAAAAGAACAAACCCAAUCCAUUCUCAAUAGAUUACCAUGCAAAUCAUAGAUCUGGAGACAAGCUUGUUGUGUUAAAAGAUCCAACGGGCCGUGACAUUAACCAGAGUUAUGAUCUGGGUCGUGAGCUAGGUAGAGGUGAAUUUGGAAUCACAUAUUUGUGUACAGAUGUGGAUACAGGCGAGAAAUUUGCCUGCAAAUCAAUAUCGAAAAAGAAGCUUAGGACUGCUGUGGAUAUUGAGGACGUGAGGAGAGAGGUUGAGAUUAUGAGGCAUUUGCCUAAGCAUCCCAAUAUUGUCAGCUUGAAGGAUACAUAUGAGGAUGACAAUGCAGUUCACAUUGUCAUGGAAUUGUGUGAGGGUGGAGAAUUGUUCGAUCGGAUCGUGGCGAGGGGGCAUUAUACAGAGAGGGCGGCUGCAGCUGUCAUGAGGACAAUUGUGGAAGUUGUUCAGAUGUGUCACAGGCAUGGAGUGAUGCAUCGGGAUCUCAAACCAGAGAAUUUUCUUUUUGGAAACAAGAAGGAAACAGCACCCUUAAAGGCAAUCGAUUUUGGGUUGUCAGUUUUCUUUAAACCUGGACAGCGCUUUACGGAGAUAGUGGGAAGUCCUUAUUACAUGGCUCCAGAGGUCCUAAAACGUAAUUAUGGCCCAGAGGUUGAUGUCUGGAGUGCUGGAGUUAUCCUAUACAUUCUGCUUUGUGGUGUUCCACCUUUCUGGGCAGAAACUGAACAAGGAGUAGCACAAGCAAUUAUUCGCUCUGUCAUUGAUUUUAAGAGAGAUCCAUGGCCUAAAGUUUCAGACAAUGCAAAGGAUCUUGUAAAGAAAAUGCUUGAUCCUGACCCAAAGAGCCGGCUUACAGCUCAGGAAGUGCUUGAGCAUCCGUGGAUACAAAAUGCAAAGAAGGCUCCAAAUGUCACACUGGGCGAAACUGUGAAAGCAAGGCUUAAACAAUUUUCAGUGAUGAACAAGCUCAAGAAAAGAGCUUUAAAGGUGGUGGCUGAGCAUCUGUCGGUGGAGGAAGUGGCAGGAAUAAAGGAAGCAUUCGAUAUGAUGGACACCAGCAAGAGGGGCAAGAUAAAUCUUGAGGAGCUCAGAAAUGGUUUGCAAAAGCUUGGUCACCAGAUCCCUGAUGCAGACCUUCAAAUCCUGAUGGAAGCUGCUGAUGUUGAUAGAGAUGGAACUCUGAAUUGUGGGGAGUUUGUUGCUGUUUCUGUUCAUCUUAGAAGGAUGGCCAAUGAUGAGCACCUACAUAAAGCUUUUGCAUUCUUUGAUCAAAACCACACUGGUUAUAUAGAGAUUGAAGAGCUGCACGAUGCCUUGAAUGAUGAAGAUGAGAUUAACAGUGAGGAAGUUAUCCAAGCCAUUAUGCAUGAUGUUGACACAGAUAAGGAUGGGCGCAUAAGUUAUGAGGAAUUUGCUGCAAUGAUGAAGGCAGGUACAGAUUGGAGGAAAGCAUCGAGGCAAUACUCACGAGAACGAUUUAACAGUCUCAGCUUAAAUUUGAUGAGGGAUGGCUCGCUACAUUUAACCAAUGGAGGUAGAUGA